AUGCCGCCAUCAUUGAAUGAUGAUGCCAUUCCGAUGAACCUAUCGGAGGGUGUAUCCAUGCAGAGAAAACCGAACAACCAACGAUGGACUUCCAAGAGUUUUGUGUUGGGAAUGUUUGCGCUAUUACUCGUCUCGAUGAUUUUUUCAUAUGUAUUGUAUAAUUCUAAUUAUGGAAUGAUCCCACAGAAUUCUAGCCAUUCUUUCAAAAUGCCAUUGAGUUGGUUGUCCUCUGCCACCUUCUCCGAUAACAAGCACGCAACAACACAAAAGAAGUAUUUAAACAUUCAUAAUUCUCGACUUGAAAUGAAUGAGCACAACAAUAUGAUUUCAGAAUUGAGAAACAAACACCAUGUUCAUGUGAAAAGAAAUCUCAAUAAUCAUGCGACAACACCAACACAGAUAGAGAAUGCAGUUCAAUAUUAUGUAAAAUUUAGAUCAGUUGACACUGCUCAAUCAUCCUCUGUAGCACCUUUAACAAAUUUGCAACAUGCCCUCUUCAAUACUUUACAACCAGCACUCCUUGAUACAACCUCUGCUUCCUCAUCGGCCCGAACCAACGCUCCAUCAACUGGCAAUAACAAUGGGGGAUUUCACAGAGUUUCAAAAUUAUUGGAACACUUUAUUAUUGGAACAGUUUCGUCACAACCCAUUUCUGAAACAAUUUCAUCAAGUGGUAUUAUUGGAUCCAUUGCAUCUCUAUUCUCGUCAACAAGCUCAACUCCAGCUCGUACAGAUACUAGCGUUGUCAUCAUUAUGAGAGCCAAGCCAUCUCAAAUGGCAGAACUAGUUUCUAACAAAAAUUUGGAAGGUAUUGAAAUUGAAUGGGUUGGAAGAGUAGAUUCUUCUUCACACAAAACCGCUCUCAAUUUUGGAGCCAUUCAAAAAUUAUGGGAACAACAGCGUACACAAGGCGUUCUCUCACAACAACACUUGGAAUCAACUCAAUCAACCACAACACCACCUCAACAAACUCUUGAGGCCCAACUUGAAAAAUUCUCUCGGUUUGAAUCUGUCAAUGCCAACUCGAAUCGACAACAACGAGCCAUCUCAUCCUCCAUGUUGAAAUAUGUUUCCAUUUAUGCUACUAUCAUUCAUUCGUUGGAUGCCACCUAUCAAGGAAGUACAGAACAAGAAACUGAUCAAUUGGUGGAAGAAUUGAAUCAAGCACUGAAGAAACACUUCUCUGAAAAGCUCACAAAUAGCCACUCAGAUUCUCCUCUCUUUUAUCCAGUCAUGAAGGAAAGUAAGGAUAAAUUAAGUUUUGCAUUUUCUCCAGAAAUUGCAUCUGAGGCCAUGCAAAUCCUUUUAAACCAUGAAGGGAUCUUCUCAGUCGAAAGACAAUUACCAAUGGAACUCAUGAAUUAUCAUCCAAACACAGUAUUGCAAGGAAUCAAUUCAAACCUUCCCUUGCCUCCCAAAAACAAUUCUAAUUUCUUCAUUUGGAGUAAUGGAAUAACUGGUAAGGGUGAAGUAGUUGGUUGUGCCGAUACUGGCAUUGAUUGGGAUCAGUGCUUCUUUUACGAUGCUGAAACAGAAGUACCACUCAAUACUGUGAAUAUGACACAUCGUAAAAUUGUUUCCUAUCAAACAGUAGCUCUUCGUGAUCAAUAUGGAAAUAUUCACAGCUCGGAUAACAAGGAUUCUGGUGAUGGCCACGGUACUCAUGUCUCAGGUUCCAUUGCAGGAAGCAUCAUGUCCACUCACAAUAAUGCACAAGACAUGCUCAAAUAUAAUGGUGCUGCUCCAGGAGCUAAAUUAUUCUUUACGGAUAUUAUGAAAACAGGUGGAAAUCAGCUCUUAAUUCCUCCAGAUUUGUACAAUAAUUUAUUCAAAAUUCCAUAUCAACGAGCAGGUGUCAGAAUUCACAGUAACUCAUGGGGAUGCUCUUUUUCAAGCAUUUUCAAUUGUAAAUACAAUUGCAAUUGUAAAUGGGCCAUUGACAGUGAGUAUGGAAAGACUGGUGAAACUGUCUCCAAUGAUUUUUGUGUGACAAACUUUGGAAAAUCAUGUUGUCAGAUUUGUAACAAUUAUGACACUAGAAGUCAAGAUAUUGACAAGUUCACAUGGGACAAUGAUGACUUUUUACCACUCUUUGCUGCUGGUAACGAAGGAUAUACCGCCGACAGUGGAAAUAUUGGUUCUCCAACCACUUCAAAGAACGUCUUGUCCGUAGGAGCUUCUCAAACCACCAAUGAAGGUUUUGUGGAAGCAGUCGAUCAUGUCGAUUUCACAAGUGUUUUUUCAGCCAUCAAAGUAUCUACCGAAGAAGAAUGCUGUAAUUUUAAGGGAACUUCUGACGACCAGACCAACCUUGUGAAGUCACUUUGCUGCAGUUCUUACAUGAAAAAGACCUAUUCGGACAGCAAAAAGUAUUUCACAAAGGAAAAUCUUGCAUAUUUCAGUGGAAGAGGACCAGCAGUUGGAAACCGAAUUAAACCAGACGUGGUUGCGCCAGGUUAUGAAAUUGAAUCCAUGCACUCGGAUGGAAGUGUGACCUCGUUCCAAUGCUCAGCCGGCAGACCAACUCCUUUCAAUAAUGCAGCCAUUUUGACAUUGAGAGGAACGAGUAUGUCCACUCCAUUAUUGGCUGGAACUGCAGCUCUUGUGAGAGAAUAUUUAAAAACGAGAACACUGCAUGUGAAUCCAUCGGGAGCUCUUGUGAAAGGUAUUCUUAUUCACUCGGCUCAACCACUCAAAGGACUUGUUUCAUUGGAUGGACGAGGAAGCAUGUUUGAUUUGAGAAAAUUAGAAACACCCAAUUCGUAUACUGGUUUUGGACUUGUGUCUCUUGGUUCUGCUCUUGCAUUUGAGGGAUCUUCAUUCUCUUUAUUCACACGAGAUCGAAAAACGAUUUCCAAUCAUGCCAGAGACACGUAUUGUUUCAAGAGAGUGACUGGAAAGAGUCCUUCACAAGGUGGCGAGAGUUUCUUCUCAGCCACUCUUGCAUGGUACGAUUUACCUUCGACAGCACCCAAUGUUGAAUUGAUUCAAGAUUUAGAUUUGAAUGCCUAUGUCUAUGCUGAAAAUAGUACCUCUUCGACAAGAUAUCCAGGUAAUGGAAAUGUUCAAAAUGAUCACGAAAAUAAUGUGGAAAAGGUCAUGAUCAGUAGUAUUGAUAAGGAUAUGAUUGUUGCAGUGACCAUUGAUGCCACCAAGCUUAUUCGAAAUCAAAAUUAUUCACUCGUAAUUACCCACUCGGAUGAUAUUGAACCUAUUGGUUUGUGUCAUCCUCCUGCAGCUUAUUCACCUCCUGUUUCAGUAUUAACGAUUUUGAUUUUGUUUGGAGUUUUGAGUGCUGUGACCAUUAUUGUCAUUGGAGGAAUUAUUUUAUUGGUGAGAAGAUUUAAAUAUGGUGGUAGUGGUGGCACUACUUCUUCUUCGUCGUCGAGCAGAUCAACCUCUGCACCAAGUGGAGGAAGACGACCGGUAACGGUGAAGAUAAUUCUUCAUCAUGGACUGACAAUAUUGGAAGAAGAUUAA